AUGUACGUGAGUACAAUGAGGAUAUCAGCGAUCAGUCUGUGCGCUUUCACUUGCUUCCUGAGUUUCACUGGGAGUUCAGCUGUCAUGAACUGUUCCCAGUGCAAUGUCAGGUACAUGGGCGUUCGCAAUCUCUGCAAGGAACCAAGGAACGCAACUGGAUGUAUCGGAUGUAUGAAAACUGUAGCCAGAAUCAAACUGCGAGAUUCUGGCUACAUCGAUGGCUGGGAGCGAGUGUCCGAGGUGGUCACCCGUUUCUGCAUUACUCCCGGAAACAUCAACAUCAAGCCGGCCGGAUGUUACAGACAACAGAGCAAUGGCGGCUUCACCGAACGCUGCUACUGCUACACCAACAACUGUAACUCUCGAGCUUCACGGCUGCUGCUGCUCAACCACUCCUACUUGGUCUUCGCCAUCUUCUCAACCACAGUGGGACUUUUAAGCUAA